CCUGGCUGUGUCAGUUAAAUCAUCAUUCUACCUAAGAAUUUCGCACAUCCUCCUUCCGACCACCAGAACCAUGACUAGGUAACCACAACCCUUUCUGCUAUCCAUUCUUAAUCAACACCGUUACCUCAACCAUAACCAUGACCGUAACCGCGCAUUUACAUCACCCCGACUUUCUCCCGGACUGUUCACUGUGCCAUACCGGCGAUCUCGAAGCGGCCACCAAGAUCGUCAACCGCGAGACUCCACUAGUCUCAACAGCCAGCCCAGCUAGAGGUACAAAAAGGCCUUCCGAACGCUGUAUGGGGAGGGCAUUGGUACGUACCUCCCAGAAAGGCCAUCCGAUCAUCCUGACGUCUUUGAAAAGUAAAAAGUCGAAUUAUGCGCUGGGCAAAAGAGAAAAAAAAGAAGAAAAAAAAGGUUGCGAAGAGUUGACGAGGUACAAUGAAGAAAUAGAAGUUCAAAGGUAUAGUCAGUCGGAUUGUCCCAGGGCCGUGAGUAAUGGGAGUUGAUGAGGCAGAGAGGUCCUCGGGCCCAGAUGCCCGGCGGAUGGAAUUGUAUAAGUAUAUCAUCAAUAAAAGAACGGGAAGCAAAGGGAAAAAAUGAAUGGGUAGCUGCGGGUUAUGGGCAAAA